AUGCCCGAAGUCGUGCGAGGCAGUCGUGUCAGUCUCCAGCAAGAGCGUGGUGCUUAUCCGCCCUCAACUCCUAACCGAGAGCCACGAAAUGUCCAUUUCAGUCCUGAGAGCCAUCCAGCCCUUGAACCCUCCCCGAGUCAAACUCUGAGUGCCGUCGACACCGGCCUCAGUACUGCGUCUGGUCGAAAAAGGAGCAGAGAGUACAAGAGACGGCGAAGUCAAGACGAACCGGAGAGGGAUGCAUAUUAUGACAGUCGGGCUGCCACCAAAAAAGAAUUCCGAAGACGAGCGAGCACGUUACAAGAAUACUAUGCUCAGAAUCCGACCCUUCUGCCACAGCUUCCUUUUACCUGGAGAUAUGGCUGGCGGAGAUGGAAGUUGUUCUUCACUAUAUUCAUUAUGGUGGUGGAUGCUUGUGUUGUCCCUAUUGUGUUAUACUAUACCAUGACUUUUGCUGGCAACGUGGAGGGAUGGAUAGUUUUCGCUGUCGUUGCUACCAUCUGGGGAGGCCCAACCUACGUCGAAUUUGCCGUUCGAUCCUGGAGACUGAUAAAGCCCGAAAACUUUUUCCGGCCAUUGGGGACGUCGAAUAGAUGGGCUUUUGAUAUUACACACUGGAUCCUUGUUUUGACCAUCACAGCCGUCACAGCGCUCCUGAUUGUUGGCAGCGCGCCACAUAUCGUGUGGUUACGCGUUCUCUCCAUGCCCGGUCCGGCAAUCCUCUUCUGUUUGGGGGGCAGUAUCUUCAUUAUCACCAUGUGGAGUCUUUCCGGUCGAAAAGCUCCAUUCCGAAUCAGCUCGACACCGAAAGGCGGUGAUGUCUACCCAGGUGUCUACUAUAUCAUUGAGGACAUUGUUGCGGUCAAUGCAAACGCGGGCAGACCAUACCGUGAAGCAUUGGCUGCCAGAUAUAACGCGAGCCCGCGAUUCAGAAGGAUGAUCAAGCAACAAUCGCUAUUUUGGUCCAUCCCUUCGCUGGUCGUCGCCAUCGCAUGUACAGUCGUUGUUGUUAUUCACCCAGUUCCUAAGCACGUGGCAUAUGGCAUUGGCUGGGGUGUCCCCUUCUUCUGGGCUGGUGUUUGGACGGCGAUCGCCAUCCCUUGGAUUCGACGCGAAAUGCACAAGGAAACCGUAACCUGGGAAGAGGACUGCGGCAUCGUGCCAUCAGAGAAGAAAGCGCACAAGAAGCUCGACCCGAAUGACUCGGAGCACGAAGCCACGAAGGAACCAGAACCUGAGCCUUGA